ACCAGCGCACUGCUUGAUUCAGGCACUAACAGAAUCUUCAUAGAUCAGGUCUGGGCGGAGCAAAUUAGACUCCCCCUUGUAAAAUUAGAUGUAUCUAUUCCCGUCUAUAACGUUGACGGUACGCUUAACGUGGGUGGCUGCAUCACGCACAAAUGUUCUUUUGUUGGUACCCAACUGGGGAAGAUUAAUUUAAUCUUGGGCUGGACCUGGCUAUUUAAACACAAUCCUGAGAUCAACUGGCAGACAGGGGUUGUC